UCCCACCAGAGAUACUGGGAAUCCAGACUGCACUGGGAGAUGAGGAGAAACUGAGGGAAGCCCUGGGUACCACAGGCUGAAGAGCUGUACUCCAUCCAUCCAUCCAUCCUCUUCAGGAGUGGACAAGGUUGAUCCCAAGGACAACCCUGAAAUAAGAGCUCCCCCUCCACAGUCCCACUCUGCAGGCAGCCUCCGCUCAUACCUCAUCUGUCCCUGGCCAUGGAUAGAUCCACGCAAGAGCUCUUCCUCAACUUCAUGAUUGUACUGAUCACAGUACUACUCAUGUGGCUUCUGGUGAAGUCUUAUCAAGAGUGAAAUGAUCAUCUUUCACCAUCCCUGGAGUCACUCAAGACCCUGUCUUUGGAGAAGGAUGCCAUUUCUGCUACACAAGAAUGCUGCUUCUCUGUGUUCUCUCUGUCUUUGUGUGGAAAUGCCUUUUCUUUUUUUACUCUAAAAUACCUCUCUGCAUCUAAAUAUUCAAAUGGAUGUAAGAUGAUGUAAAUUAUUUAAUUUAUAUAGAAAGUAUGGCACAUCUUUCUUUUCAUCCUUUGUAAUCAAUACAUGCACCUGAUUUGGAACCAUGAUGGUGACUAGAAGCAUAAAAAUUUAUACACCUUUCGUAACUGUCUGUUUUCUAUCCACUCUUGUAUGGCUUUUAUAGUUUUGGCAUUAUGUAGCAAGAACUACUUAGCUGAAAUGUUGAAACGCUUUUCUCUGUUCUUAUCCCUUGAAUAAAGACCUAAGUACA